AUGUCGGUGGUGGGUUUCGACGUGGGGAACGGCGCGGCGUGCGUGGCGCUCGCACGCAAGGGCGGCAUCGACGUCCUGAUGAACAAGGAGUCCAGCCGGGAGACCCCGUCCCUAGUGUCCUUCGGCGACAAGAUGCGGUCCAUGGGCACCGAGGCGGCCGCCAAGCUCACGAUGCGGCCCAAGGCCACCGUCGCGCAUAUCAAGCGCCUGCUGGGGCGAAAAUAUGCCGAUCCCGAGGUCCAGGCCGACCUGUCCCGGCUGGCAUACCCGGUCAGGGAGGAUCCCGCGACCGGGGGGUGCCUGGUGGAGGUGGAGCACUGCGGAGAGCGGCGGGCGUUCGCACCCGAGCAGAUCAUGGCGAUGGUGCUGGUGGACUUGAAAGGCAUCGUGGCCGCGGAGCAAGGAGUGGCGCCAACGGACUGCGUGGUGUCCGUGCCGGCGUACUACUGCGAGGCGGAGCGACGAGCGAUGCUGGACGCCUGUAGGAUCGCGGGGCUGAAGGCCCUGCGGCUGAUGAACGAGACGACGGCCACGGCGCUGGCGUACGGGAUAUUCAAGACGGACCUGCCAGACGAGGAGCCCACGCACGUGGCCUUCGUGGACGUCGGCCACUCCAGUUUCCAGGUUUGCGUGGCAGCAUUGACAAAGAAAAAACUGAAGAUUUUGUCGACGGCUUGGUCAAGGAGCACAGGUGGAUGGGACUUUGAUAAUGUGCUGUUUGAGCACUGUGCAAAGGAAUUUCUGGAGAAGAGCAAACUGGAUGUCAAAACUAACCCAAAGUCGGCAUUCCGACUGAGGGUGGCAUGUGAAAAGGCAAAGAAGAUUCUGAGCGCCAACAAUGAGGCAGUUUUGUCUGUGGAGUGUCUCAUGGAAGACACAGACUUCCGGUGUCAUAUCACUCGUGAGCAGUUUGAAAAGCUGGCAGAGCCCCUGUUUCAAAGACUGGCUGCACCUCUUCAACAGGCCCUGGAUGACGCCAAGCUCAAGCCUGAGCAGAUCGCUUCUGUGGAGGUUGUGGGCAACAGCUCCCGCGUGCCCGCUGUCAUAUCCGUCAUAGAGUCCCACUUCAAGAAGCCCGCGAGCCGCACAUUGCACGCCAAGGAAUGCGUCUCGCGUGGCUGUGCCCUGCAGUGUGCGAUGCUCAGCCCUAUCUUCCGUGUGCGCUCCUUCGAGGUUGUUGACAGCCAACAGUUCUCGAUCGUCUUCAAGUGGGACAAAGAAGGCCAGAGCACAACGAACAUGAUGUUUGAGAAGGGCACUGGUUACCCUUGCACCAAGCUGUUGACUUUCAUUCGCUCGGAGCCGUUCACCAUUACCGCAGAGUAUGAGGAGGACCCCAGGCUGCCAGUCAGUGUGGAGAGGGUGUUGGGGUUAUACCAGAUCGCCGGGUUCACAGUACCCAAGGGGGCUGAGAAGGCUAAGCUCAAGGUGAAGGUGAGGCUGAGCAUGCACGGUGUGGUGGAUGUGGAGUCCGUGCAGGCCAUAGAAGAGGAGGAAGUCGAGGUGCCUGUAACACCAAAGGCCAAGCCCAAGGAAGCAGCUCCCACCCCGCCGCCGGCUGAGGCGCAGGAGAACCAGUCAGCCUCCAAUGGGCAGGAGGAGGCACCACCAGCAGAUGUGGGCGCCAAGGACAAGGCCCCUGAGGAGGAGAAAUGCCCCGAAGAGGAGGAGAAACCCAAGACCGAGAAAAAGAAACGCACAAAGAAAAUAGAGGUGCCGAUCAGCACAGUGAAGGCUACUGGGCUGCCCCAGAAGGUCCUGGAGGACUACUUCGAGCUGGAAGGCAAGAUGGCUGCGACGGACAAGCUCCAGGAGGAGACUAACGACCGCAAGAACGAGCUGGAGGCGUACGUGUACUCCCUCCGCAACAAGCUAUGUGAUGCCCUGGCGCCCUACAUCCAGGAGGGCCCCUGUGACGACCUGCGUGCCCGGCUGGACGCCAUGGAGGACUGGCUGUACGACGAGGGGGAGGACCAGACCAAGAGUGUGUACGUGGCCAAGCUGCAGGAGCUGCGCAAGCUGGGGGACCCCGUGGAGCUGCGGCACUCUGAGGAGCAGGCCCGGGGGCCCGCCCUGCAGUGCCUCACAGAUACCUGCAAUGUCUACCUGGCCAUGGCCAGAUCGGACGCCAAGGAGUACGCCCACAUCGAGCCCGCUAAGAGGGAGCAGGUGGUGAAGGAGUGCGAGGCUGCACUGGGGUGGAUGCAGGAAAAGAUGGCGAUUCAGCAGGGGCUGGAGAAGCAUGACGAUCCAGCGAUCAUGUCUGCAGAUGUUUAUCGGAAGCGGGAUGUGCUGGAGCGGGUGUGCAAGCCGAUCAUGUCCGAGCCGCCACCACCGCCGCCCAAGAAGAAGGAUGCCGCCAAGCCAGCGGGGGACAAGGAGGGGGAGAAGGAGGGGGAGGAGGCCAUGGACGUGGACGGGGGGGCCAAGGGGGAGGGGAACGGGGCAGAGGGGGAGGGGCAGCCCGGUGGGGACGAGAUGGAAGUCGACUCGAAGCACCAGCCUUGUGACGCUUGA